AGAGGAGCCGGGACACCGAGGGAAGAGGCCGAAGGGAGAUCGCGGAGGGGAGGGGGCGGGAGGGGGGUGGGGGAUCCCGAGUCGUCAGUGGUCCGGAGUCUGGAAGGCCCUGGAGCGGCGCCAGGCGACCCGCCUCGCCACAACUUGCCCAGACGAGACACGUUUCAUCCUGCGCCCUGCAAGAAGGAGCCGGCCCGCCUCUCUCCGGUCUGCUGUUCCUCGGCCUCCGCGGGCCCUGCCCGCGUCAGCAGCGACCCUGGGGUCUGGGUCCCCUGUGUCGCCCCCGCCUGCCUGCAGCGCCCGGCACCCGCCCUGGAGCGCGCAGCUGGGGUGCUAGGGAUAUAUACUUGAGCAAGAGAGACCACAGCUCUUGUUCCCGCUGAUCCUGCUGCCCAGUGGAUGGAGCCUAGAGUCUACAGAUCUGCCAGGAAAGAAAAAAAAUUCCUGAUGUCUGGUCCAAGCAGGAAUUUCCCGGUGGAUUGGGGAAUGUCUGGCUUUUCCUCAGCUUAUUGAUCUCUGUAGUAACCACUGAAGGCCCCCAGAAGACCUGAACAAAUGAGAGGCCUGAAGUCUACAGGUUGCUGCUAGAAAUAUUUUAGCCUCUCCAAAACCCAGAAUGCAGCCCCGAUCCAAGUUUGUCAGGGUUCUGGGUGCACGCUGAGCGCGCGCGGGCGGACGCGCCCUUUGCUCCAGGUCCGGACCUGGGGGCUGCCAUAGCAACGUCCUGGACACCCAGACCUUAGGCCGCCGCCGCCGCGGAAGCAAGGAACCCGGCCUUCUCCCGCUCCUGAGGGCUGUGGCGGCGGCGGCCCGGAAGGCGGCCCAGGCUGGGUAGAGAUCGCCCGGCUCCUCCUAUGCAAGCUGAGGCAGCGGAUUGGCUUUCAAGUAUGCCCUUCCAGAAGCAUGUCUACUACCCGCUCACCAGCGGCCCAGAGGGGCCCGACGUCGCUGUGGCCGCCGCCGCGGGCGCGGCCUCCAUGGCCUUUGUGACCCCCAGCGCGGCUUCGGGGCCCCAGCCCUUCUUCCAGUUCAGGCCGCGGCUGGAGAGUGUGGACUGGCGGCGCCUGAGUGCCAUCGACGUGGACAAGGUGGCGGGGGCCGUGGACGUGCUGACCCUGCAGGAGAACAUCAUGAACAUCACCUUCUGCAAGCUGGAGGACGAGAAGUGCCCACACUGUCAGUCGGGGGUGGACCCGGUGCUGCUGAAGCUCAUCCGUCUGGCGCAGUUCACCAUCGAGUACUUGCUGCACUCACAAGAGUUCCUCACCUCUCAGCUGCACACCCUGGAGGAGCGGCUGCGCCUGAGCCACUGCGAAGGCGAGCAGAGCAAGAAGCUGCUCACCAAGCAGGCGGGGGAGAUCAAGAUGCUCAAGGAAGAGUGCAAACGCAGGAAGAAGAUGAUCUCCACCCAGCAGCUGAUGAUUGAGGCCAAAGCCAACUAUUACCAGUGCCAUUUUUGUGACAAGGCCUUUAUGAACCAAGCUUUUCUACAAAGUCACAUUCAACGCCGCCACACUGAAGAAAAUUCUCAUUUUGAGUAUCAGAAAAAUGCACAGAUUGAGAAGCUCCAGAGUGAGAUCGUCGUAUUGAAGGAAGAGCUGCAGCUCACCAGGUCUGAUCUAGAAGCUGCACACCGUGCCAGUGCGGUCAGAUUCUCCAAGGAAUAUGAAAUGCAAAAAACAAAAGAGGAAGACUUUUUGAAGUUAUUUGAUAGGUGGAAAGAAGAAGAAAAGGAGAAACUAGUUGAUGAAAUGGAAAAAGUCAAGGAAAUGCUUAUGAAGGAAUUUAAAGAAUUAACUUCAAAGAAUUCAGCAUUAGAAUAUCAACUGUCAGAAAUCCAGAAGUCCAAUAUGCAGAUCAAGUCCAACAUAGGCACAUUAAAAGAUGCACACGAGUUUAAAGAAGACCGUUCUCCAUAUCCCCAGGAUUUCCAUAAUGUCAUGCAGCUUCUUGAUAGUCAGGAAAGCAAAUGGACAGCUCGAGUUCAAGCUAUUCAUCAAGAACACAAGAAAGAGAAGAGUCGGCUCCUGUCACAUAUAGAGAAACUUCGAACCUCAAUGAUAGAUGAUCUAAAUGCAAGCAAUGUUUUCUACAAGAAAAGGAUAGAAGAGCUAGGGCAGAGACUUCAGGAGCAGAACGAGCUGAUUAUAACUCAGAGACAGCAGAUUAAAGACUUUACCUGUAAUCCAUUAAACAGUGUCAGUGAACCCAAAGGAAAUCCUUUAGCCUGGCAGGCUUUUGAAUCUCAGCCAACUGCUCCAGCUGUGCCUAUGAAUGCCCCAGUCCUGCACACUUCAGAAACUAAAUCUAGUCUGCCAAUGGCACAAGAACAGGCAUUCUCCUCGCACAUACUGGAACCCAUAGAAGAACUUUCAGAGGAAGAAAAAGGAAGAGAAAAUGAACAGAAAUUAAAUAACAACAAAAUGCAUUUAAGGAAAGCUUUGAAGAGUAACUCCUCCCUCACUAAGGGACUAAGAACAAUGGUGGAGCAGAACUUGAUGGAGAAACUGGAAACCUUGGGGAUUAAUGCAGAUGUACAUGGCAUUUCAAGUGAUCAAUUGCACAGAGUACUAAAAAGUGUGGAAUCAGAAAGACAUAAACAAGAAAGAGAAAUACCUAACUUGCAUCAAAUUCGAGAAUUCCUUGAACAUCAAGUCAGCUGUAAAAUUGAAGAGAAAGCACUACUAACUUAUGAAUGACACUAUAUUCCAGAUAAGUACAGUGUUUCUCAAAUGGAUACCCUUUCAACUGGAGAAGUACCCAAAAUGAUACAACUUCCUCCCAAAAACAGACAACUGAUUAGACAAAAAGCUGUUUCUACUGAUAGGACAUCUGUUUCAAAAAUUAAGAAAAAUAUCAUGGAAGAUCAUUUUCCCAGAAAGUCUUCAACUAUUACGACCCCUCCCUUUAGUUCGGAGGAGGAGCAGGAGGACGACGACCUCAUCCGGGCAUACGCAUCUCCAGGCCCACUUCCUGUGCCGCCAUCGCAAAACAAGGGCAGCUUCGGGAAGAACGCAGUGAAAAGUGACGCGGACGGGACCGAGGGAAGCGAGGACACUGAUGAUUCUCCCAAGCCCACAGGAGCCACCAUUAAAACACCUACUGAAAAAGUUGAAAAGAUGUUUUCACAUCGCAAAUAUGUGAAUAAACCAGUUGGUGGAACUAAUGUUCCUGAGAUGUUUAUCAAAAAAGAAGGAUUACAAGAACUAAAGUGUGCAGAUGUGGAGGAUGAAGACUGGGACAUAUCAUCCCUAGAGGAGGAGAUAUCUUUGGGAAAAAAAUCUGGAAAAGAACAGAAGGAACCUCCACCUGUGAAAAAUGAACCACAUUUUGCUCAUGUGCUAAAUGCCGGGGGCGCAUUUAAUCCUAAGGGGCCAAAGGGAGAAGGACUUCAAGAAAAUGAAUCAAGCACAUUAAAAAGCAGCUUAGUAACUGUGACUGAUUGGAGCGAUUCUUCAGAUGUCUAAUUCCACAUGUCAGAAGAUUCUUCCAGAAGCCAGCAGUAUUUCAGUAUCACAGUAUUUCAGUAACUUGCCUCCAUGAUUCCAGUGCUUCUGCCUUACUGUGUUUCCAACAGCAACACAGAGACUGAUUCAAAGAACAAUGGUCUCUUUAAUGACACCUAUUACAGUAUUGAAAAUCAGAUCAUCAACAGUAUUUUGAAGCAUAUAAAGGUGUUUAAGACUUCUGCUGCUGCUUAAAAAUAAUAUGUCAUUGAAGUCAUAAAAAGUUUUUUCUUCAGAACAGUACUCUAGUGUUAAGUGUUUUUUUUUCCAACUAAUUUUUAAGUGAAUUUUUUUUAACGUACAGCAGGUUUUGGUUUGAAUUACUAAAACUUUAAAAAUAUUUUUCUUACAUAUGCUGUAACAUCAAAGGUGUUUAUAUUAUAAAAUUCUGUUAGUGGUCUUAAAAUUGAAUUGGUAGAACCACUAGUCCCUAAAAGUUAGUCUGGUUAUUUUUCAUAUAGAAGUAAGUUUAAUCCGAGUGUGGUGGUGUUCACCUUUAAUUCCAGCUACUUGGGAGGCUAAGGUGGGAGGAUCGCUUGAGCCUAGGAGUUCAAGACCAGCGUGGGCAAUAUAGAAGACUCCACCCCUCCACACCCCAAAAAAGUAAGUUUAGAAUUAGAAUAUAGCUAGGUCCAAUGUUAAAUACAUUUUCCUGAAGUACAUUUGUCACAUUCAGCUUUGAGAAACUGUAAGCAUGUUACUAUUAAAUGGUUGGUUAUUUUAUAUAGUAUAUUCUUUAUCUUGGAUAUUUUAUGAAUAAAGUGUAGUUAUUUUAAUAGCCGAUUAAUUUAUCAGACUAAAUAGAAAAUAUUUGAGUCAUUACUGAAUUCAUCUAUGUAACUUUUUUUUUUACUUUUUAAAAUACCCAACAUGUAUUAUGAAAUACCUCAAAAGUAAUUUAGUUACAUUCUUAAACAAUGACAUUGUCGAAAGUCAGAAAGUUCAUAUAAACUGUUUUUUGCAUUUUUAUAACUUGGUGGUACUAUAUUCUGUUUCCAAGAAAAAGUAACCUUUUAACUAAAAGAUUUGUUGGGUUUUAGAUCUCUUUUCAUUUGUCAACCUUUUCAGUAAAGCACUCCGUUA